GCAGGACAGGUCCCGCGGUUGGGCUGUUUGGUGUCCUGCCGUUCCCUCCCACACUGUGUACUCAGGGGAAGCCAGAAACUCGCUCGCCAUGUCGGCUGCGGAGGCGGGGGGUAUUUUCCGCCGAGCCAGGGGCAGGACCCUAGACGCGUUUCCCUCAGAAAAGGAAAGGGAAUGGAAAGGCCCGUUCUACUUCAUCCAAGGUGCAGACCCACAGUUUGGACUAAUGAAGGCCUGGUCCACUGGGGACAGUGACAGUGGUGGUGACGAGUGGGGGCAGGAGAUCCGUCUAACUGAGCAAGCUGUUGAGGCCAUCAACAAGUUGAAGCCCAAACCCAGGUUCUUUGUUCUUUGCGGGGACCUCAUCCAUGCCAUGCCAGGGAUGCCCUGGCGGAAGGAGCAGACCGCGGACCUGCAGCGGGUGCUCGCGCGUGUGGACAGCGACAUCCCGCUGGUGCUGGUCAGCGGCAACCACGACGUGGGCAACACCCCCACGCCCGAGACGGUGGCGGAGUUCCAGCGGACCUGGGGGGACGACUACUUCAGCUUCUGGGUCGGGGGCGUCCUGUUCCUCGUCCUCAACUCCCAGUUCUGGUACGAUGCCUCCCAGUGCCCCGCCCUGAAGCAGGCACAGGACCAGUGGCUGCACCAGCAGCUGAGUAUCGCGGGCCAGCGCAAGUGCCAGCACGCCAUUGUCUUCCAGCACAUCCCGCUGUUCCUCCACAGCAUCGACGAGGACAGCGACUACUUCAACCUCACCAAGUCCGUGCGGAAGGAGGUGGCCGAGAAGCUCAUCAGAGCAGGUGUCACAGCUGUGUUCUCAGGCCACUACCACCGGAAUGCCGGGGGCAUCUACCAGAACCUGGACAUGGUAGUGUCAUCAGCCAUCGGGUGCCAGUUGGGCGAAGACACCCACGGGCUCCGAGUCGUGGUGGUCACCGCCGAGAAAAUCGUUCAUCGAUACUACAGUUUGGAUGAGCUGAGUGAGAAGGGGAUAGACGACGAUCUCAUGGGCCUGAUGGAGGAAAAGUGACUGCCCCUUGAGCCUGUGUCUGUCCUUCAUUCCUAGACCCAUAGAUUGCUCCAAGUCCACGGUUCACUUCCACUGGUUUCUUACUUUGCCAGAAAGUGCAGCUGUGCACUGCCCCCUGUUGAAAUAUAAAAGUAUUCCAGGCCGAUUUGUGGAUUUAUGUCAUUUUGCAUAAAUCAGAGAGCUGGGUCCUAUCCUCCUAUCCUAAGUUAUAUUCAAAAUAGAGAGCUGCCCUCCCCUUAAUAAAGAGGGGGGUGGGGAAAGCCUGAAAACAAAGGAAUAAAUGAUAUUAGAAUCUUGCUGCCUCAGUGUUUGAGUCAGUUCUCCUAAUGAUAGGUUUCUCAGCUCUGCCUGUGAAAUCGAUUGCUUCCCAGUAGCGGAUGGUAAAAGUCUACCUGUCACCCUCCAUCCCACCUUGAUAUCCAAGUGCGGUCUUUGAUAAUUCCGUGAACAAACCGCAUCUGAUUGUCUUAGAUUGUGUUCACGACUCCCAAAAUGCUAGGCAGAAACAAAGGUCAUCGCCUUUCCUUCCUAACAAGGCAAAUCAUUAUAUCCCAUUAGCAGAGCUGCGUGGGCUUCUUUUUUUUUUUUUUU